UGAUCCAGGGGUUUGGGACGGAGGGAACGGGGGCGGGGAAGAGAGAGAAAGCCGACGCCUCCAAGCACCGCUACGAUCCGGCUCCUCCGAUCGGGAUGAAGCAAUCCAGAAGAAGUUGGUUUCCAAACACCAGUAUGCACUCAUCUCUGAUGGCACCUCAAUUAUCUCAGUCGUCUGCCAGUGAUGAGACAAAACCAUCUCUGUCGGGGCCAUUGAAGAAAUUCUAUCUGGGUGAGCCGCUUGCUCUGGGGAUCACACAGAUUUUGAUAGGAAUUACGGUGAUAGCGUUUGGGAUUGUGUUGGACAUCUCCCAUGGCUGGUACCUCAUUUCAGGAGCUCUGUCUGUUGCAGCUGCCAAGAACCCCAGGAUACCACUGGUGAAAGGCAUGCUGGGAAUGAAUGUCGUAAGUGCUGUGGCAGCUUCCGUUGGGAUCAUAGCCCUCGUUUUUACUGUGAUGCAUUUUCAACCAAAAUGGUAUAGCAGUGAUCCAUGCACACCAGGACUGGAUGAAAUUCUGUGCAUUGAACGUCACCAGGCCAUUAAUAAUACUGCAUAUGGAGUAACAGCCAUCCUCCUGGCUUUCAACGUGAUUGAAUUCUGCAUUACCAUCUCUUCUUCUGCCUUUGGGUGCGAAACUCUGUGCCGGGACAACUACCCAGACACGAUUGUGGUGGUUUAUCAGCACGUGACAUCUGACAAGACUGUGACGCAGGUGGCUCCCGAGGAUCCUUGUUCUUCCCUCAAUUUAACUCUGCCCUCUCUUACUGCUGACCCAACUGCAUGAAGACAGAAUAUGGGUGUCCAGAUGAAAGAGCUUUCUUAACUAAUAUCAGAAGGUGUUUUUAGUUAAAUACUGUGUGCAUUGCAAAUUAGGCCAAACAUCAUACAGGGAUGUGAGGAGAUGUGUUGAUAAAGUAGUUUUUAACAUUGUUAAAGUCAUUUAGGAUGCAGACAUCUUUAAAGAGGAACCAUUUGGAAAAUCGAACUGCCUUUCAUUAAAAAUGAGCAUUUAUUAAA